AUGAAUACUGAAGAGCAAGCAACACUCAUAGAUUUGGUCGAGACUUUCCCCAAUUUAUGGCUGAAAAAGGAUCCCCAAUAUAGUAAUGCUUUGGCCAGAGAAAACUCUUGGCAAAGCAUUGCCAGUAUAUCGAGAAAGCUGUACCUCAUGCAUUGCCAAAAAAAAAUAAUCAAAAAGGACAAUGCCCCACCAAAGAGAAGAAAGAAUAAAGACUCUUUAGAGGCAUUAGUGAAUACUUGCACAAACAUAGGGCAAAAUAUUGAAAACGUAAUGAAAAGCGAUGAAACUUUGAAAAGUGCUUACCAUCACUUUCUAUUAGGCAUAUUGGAAUCUAUGCAGUGUUUGCCAAACAGCCUCAAAUUGCGAUUGAAGGCCAAAUUCUUGAUUCAAGUAGCGGAUGAAAUUGAUAAAACCGAAAAUAAGAUGAACUGUGACUAA